AUACACGUUUCUUUUUGUUCACUUUUUUCUGUUAUUCGUCUUUUCUCUAUGGCUUUCCUUCCUCACUAAACUCUAGACAUACCCCACCCCAUCUCUUUCUUUUCCACCUUUUCCUUUUUUCCUUCCUUCAACCCCUACCCCCAUGUGGCCCAUCCUCUGCCUUUCUUCUCUCCUCUCCCUACCCCUCAAUUCCUUCUCCCUUCAGUUCCAAGGUGCGCCUGGUCAGUGGGUUCGUUAUUCUCGGCCCACUGUGGCCAGUGGCAAUGGAGGGUGGGGAGAAGAUCUCACAUUGCGGCUUCGGACAAAUGCCAGCCGAGGCCUCCUCCUCUACCAGGAUGAUGAAGGAGACUGUGACUUUCUUGAGUUAGCCUUGGAUGGAGGACGUCCAAGAUUAAGGUUCUCCAUCUCAUGUUCUGAACCUGCGGUUGUCCGCUCGCCACGAAUGUUGUCUGAUGGUCUGUGGCAUAGCAUAGUCAUUGGGGGUAAUGGUCGUGAGGGGUGGCUGGCUGUAGAUGGAGAAAGAGGUACCGGUGAAGUACGUUCCAAACGCAGAGAAAUGAUACUUCGCAGUGAUCUUUUUGUGGGUGGUCUACCAUCUGACCUACGCUUAUCAGCUCUGACCCUUGGUGGAGCCAAGUAUGAGCCUCCUUUCCUUGGUGAACUGGAAGGGUUGAGGUUAGGUGGAAGGCCUGCACAACUGCUUGCCAGUCAAGGCGUAGGAGGAACAGAAGAGGAGGAGGCGAAAGGAGAAGAUCGUGAAAGGUUCCAUUCAUGCAGAGGAGCCAACCCUUGUCUCAAUGGAGGUAGAUGCAGAGAUGAUGCAGAGGGAGGAGAUGUACGAUGUGACUGUCGGGACACUGGGUACCAUGGAGAGAAUUGUUCUGAAGAGGAUCGGGUGAUUGAAGUUCCAGCACAUCUGACGUUAAGCAACCAAGGGAAGGAGGAAUACGCGGCAACAUUCAGAGGGAAUGAGUUUUUCUGCUAUGACCUGUCCCACAGCCCUAUCCAGAGCAGCGCAGAUGAAAUCACUCUCUCCUUCCGAACCCUCCAGCGUAAUGGGCUGAUGCUCCAUACAGGGAAAUCGGCAGACUAUGUGAAUCUUUCACUGAAAAGUGGCGCAGUGUGGUUGGUCAUCAACCUGGGGUCUGGUGCUUUUGAAGCUUUAGUGGAACCGGUCAAUGGCAAGUUCAAUGACAACAGCUGGCAUGACGUCAAAGUCACCAGGAACCUACGGCAGCAUGCAGGCAUCGGACAUGCUCUGGUCACCAUCUCUGUAGAUGGUAUUCUUACUUCAACGGGAUACACCCAAGAGGAUUACACAAUGCUGGGGAGUGAUGACUUCUUCUAUAUAGGUGGCAGCCCAAACACAGCUGAUCUUCCAGGGUCCCCGGUCAGUAACAACUUUAUGGGCUGCCUUAAGGAUGUUGUCUACAAAAAUAAUGAUUUUAAACUAGAACUCUCUCGUCUUGCUGCGGAUGGUGACCCAAAGAUGCGACUUAGUGGUGACCUCCUCUUCCGAUGUGAAAACGUUCCUUCUUUAGACCCUGUCACAUUUCAAGUUCCUGAAGCUUUUCUACGACUACCUCGCUGGGAGACCAAGAAGGCUGGAUCCAUAUCUUUUGAUUUUAGAACCACAGAGCCUAAUGGUCUUCUGCUCUUCAGCCAGGGGAGACCACGAGUUGCAGGUGGUGCAACAAGUACAGGUCUUGGUGCUGUAACAACGGGGAGACCAGAAAGGCCACCAAAGGCUGAUUAUUUUGCAGUGGAGUUGCUUGAUGGCACCUUGUAUCUUCUUCUUGAUCUUGGCUCUGGUGGAAUAAAAGUUAAAGCCAGUCACAAGAAAGUCAAUGAUGGGGAAUGGUGUCAUGUCGACAUCCAGAGGGAUGGCAGGAAAGGUUCUAUCUCUGUGAACAGCAGAAAUACCCCGUUCCAGGCUGGAGGUGAAAGUGAGAUACUUGAUCUUGAAGGGGAUAUGUACCUUGGAGGUCUACCAGAACCAAGAGAAGAUUUACAGCUUCCUCCUGAGGUCUGGACAGCAUCCCUUGGUCUUGGAUUUGUUGGUUGCAUCAGGGACCUCUUUGUGGAUGGUAAAAGUCGAGAUAUCCGACGGCUGGCAGAUUUAUCAGGAACCCCAGGUGUCUCCCCCUUCUGUACACGGGAAAACCAGCGCCAGUGUACAAGCUCCCCAUGUAGAAAUGGGGCACAGUGCCGAGAGGGCUGGAAUCGCUUCAUCUGUGACUGCGUGGGAACAGGAUACCUUGGGGACACCUGUGAAAGAGAAGCAGCAGUCCUGAGCUAUGAUGGCAGCAUGUACCUCAAGGUCCUGCUCCCUGGGGUUGCACACACGGAAGCAGAAGAUGUCUCUUUACGAUUCAUGUCCCAACGAGCAUAUGGUCUUCUUUUAGCCACCACCUCCAAGGAGUCGGCUGAUACCCUACGAUUAGAACUUGAUGGGGGGAAAGUAAAGCUGACCGUAAACUUAGACUGUAUACGGAUAGUAUGCGGGCCCAGUAAGGGUCCUGAGACAUUGUUUGCGGGACAGAAGCUUAAUGACAAUGAAUGGCACACAGUUCGAGUGCUCAGGAGAGGAAAGUAUCUGCAGCUCAGCGUGGACAAUGUCACUGUGGAAGGUCACAUGGCAGGCGACCACACAAGACUAGAAUUACACCAUCUUGAGACUGGCAUUAUGACUGAGCGUCGAUUUCUUUCAGCCCCACCCUCAAACUUCCUUGGUCACCUGACUGCUCUCCGUUAUAAUGGGGCUCCUUAUCUAGAUUUGUGUCAAGAUGGUGAACUUGGCAGGAGAUGUGAGCUCAAUGCACGUGCUGGUGGCCUCAGACCACUGUUGGCUGAUCCUGUGGUCUUCCGAUCUGGUCCUGCGUACUUGGCCCUUCCAAGACUUCAGGCUUAUGCUUCAAUGCAUCUCCUGUUCAUGUUUCGUGGACGUCAUCCAGAUGGCCUCCUGCUUUAUAAUGGAGGCCAGGGUCCGGAUUUCAUUGCAGUAGAACUUGUCAAAGGGUAUAUACACUAUGUGUUUGAUCUUGGCAAUGGUCCCUCAUUGAUGAAGGGGAACUCUGAACGACCUCUGAAUGAUAAUCAAUGGCACAGCGUAGCAGUGUCCCGAGAUCCUGGUAAUGCUCAUACACUAAGAAUUGAUGGAAGAACAGUUACACAACACUCUACAGGAGCAAGUAAUUUGGAUUUAAAAGGUGAACUGUAUAUAGGAGGUCUCCCAAAGAACAUGUACGCAGCUCUGCCUAAACUUGUAGCAUCUCGUGAUGGUUUUCAGGGCUGUCUAGCCUCUGUAGACCUAAAUGGUCGCCUCCCGGACCUCCUGACUGAUGCUUUGCAUCGAGUUGGCCCUGUGCAAAGGGGCUGUGACGGUCCUAGCACCACAUGCUCAGAGGAAUCGUGUGGUAAUCUUGGAGUGUGUCUCCAGCAGUGGGAUGGUUUCACAUGUGACUGCACCAUGACCUCAUAUGGUGGUCCUAUCUGCAAUGACCCUGGUACCACCUAUAUAUUUGGAAAGGGAGGGGCCCUCAUCACUUACACGUGGCCCCCAAAUGACAGACCAAGUACAAGAGCUGAUCGACUUGCUGUGGGCUUUACUACUCAACAAAAGGAUGCAGUCUUACUUCGAGUAGACAGUGCCUCUGGUCUUGGAGACUAUUUACAACUUCACAUAGACCAGGGCACAGUGGGGGUGAUAUUUAACGUGGGCACAGAUGAUAUAACUAUCGAGGAGCCAGGGGCCCUGGUGAGCGAUGGGAAGUAUCAUGUGGUGCGGUUUACUCGUAGUGGGGGUAAUGCUACCCUGCAGGUGGACAGCUGGCCCGUCAACGAGAGAUACCCUGCAGGGAUCCCCGAUAGUGAAAGAUUGGCGCUUGCCCGUCAGCGCAUCCCCUACCGCCUGGGUCGUGUUGUAGACGAGUGGCUACUAGACAAAGGUCGGCAGCUCACUAUUUUCAACAGUCAGGCGGCUAUAAAAGUUGGAGGAAAGGAUCAAGGGCGUCCAUUCCAGGGUCAGAUCUCAGGCUUGUACUAUAAUGGUCUGAAAGUAUUGUCUCUUGCUGCGGAGAGUGACCCCAAUGUCAACACAGAGGGCAACCUAAUGUUGGUUGGGGAAGUUCCAUCUGUUAUGACAACCGAAACCACAGCCACCACACUUUUGGCAGACAUGUCCACUACCAUUAUGGAAACUACCACAACCAUGGCCACCACCACAACACGGAAAGGGAGGUCUCCUACUAUGAGAGACAGCAUUACACAGAAUUCAGAUGACCUUCUAGUUGCAUCAGCUGAGUGCCCCAGUGAUGACGAAGAUUUGGAAGAAUGUGAACCAAGCACUGGAGGGGAGUUAAUAUUACCCAUAAUCACCGAAGAUUCUUUAGAUACCCCUCCCAUUGCCACCCGUUCCCCAUUUGUACCACCUCCUCCUACCUACCAGCCUGUCCUCACUCUGGUGGACACCACCAAAGAUUCCUUGAGUAGUCAAUCAAACUCAAGACCACCUUGCCCUUCAGAGCAGGAGGAUAGUGAUUGUGAGGAGGCAAUAGAGGUCUCUGGUUAUGCUUCAGGGGAGGUGUUUGAAUCAAGCUUUCCCCCUACAGAUGAUGAGGACUUCUACACCAGUUUCCCAUUGGUUACAGAUAGAACCUUGCUUUCCAGAUCAGAUGGGGCAGCUAGAAAAUCUGAAUUUCGCCCAAAUAAAGUAGCAGGUGGUUUAACCUCCUCUCCUUAUGACCUUCUCACCUCUACAACAUCCCCAGACCUUGUAAGAAACAUCCCUGCUGGUAAAAUGAACAACAGGGAGCCCCUGAAGCCUAACAUAGAUCUGUACCCUCAUAUCCCUACAUCUUUCCAGCUGGACAAGCUGAAUAAACAGAGGUUCCCAUCUAUAACAUCUUCCCCCAAUUUCCAUAAUUUUCCCACAGCAAAUCCUACAGGCAAAGGGUCCCCAGGAGCAGUUGAAGUUAUCAGGGAGUCCAGCAGCACUACAGGAAUGGUGGUUGGAAUAGUGGCAGCAGCUGCCCUCUGUAUCCUCAUUCUCCUCUAUGCGAUGUACAAGUACAGGAACCGUGAUGAGGGGUCUUACCAGGUGGACCAAAGUCGGAACUACAUCAGCAACUCAGCCCAGAGCAAUGGUGCUGUAGUAAAAGAAAAGACAACACCUGCCCCUAAAACAGUGGGUAAGAGUAAGAAAAAUAAAGACAAAGAGUAUUAUGUGUGAAGACACAAAAUAGACCCUCCCAAAUGUGGAGACAGUUUUUGGCAAAAUUCCACCUGGCCAUUUAAUGGAGAUACAAGACUGACCCCAUGCUGUGACCAAUCAUUCACUAACCGACAGUGACCAAGCCCCAAGGUCAACAGUUGGCUGUCACCUUAUUAAGCCAAUUCAGCGAUUAAACAACUUCCAGCUGUAACACCCAGAUAGUACCCUUUGGUCAGCCAUUUGAAUGUUGAAAAACUAGCCAAUUUACAGUACGUACAGGUAAAGAACUAAGGAACCAUACAUGAAUGUAUCCUCUGGGCAUCAAAUCAUCAGCCAGUGGAUGAACACCAACCAGUCUUCAGCAAAUUGACCAUGAUCAGAUCAUCCGACGUUACAAGAGAUGUCUCCAUUUUUUAACAUCGCUGUGGCCAAUAUCUCCCACCAACACCCUUCUUUCACCUCACAGAGGAAACAUGUUUCUUGGCCCUCACUUCUCUUCCUACUGUGGUGAGGGGAUAACCCCAAGAACUCCAUCUCUAGAAACUUUUUAAAAAGAUUAUAGUAAUAAAACAUAUUGGUUCUUGCAAAAGGGUGAUAGUAGGUAAGGGGUGAGGCGUGUAUAUCUCCAUCUACUUACAGACCUGCUGAAAGUAAGAGUGAUAAUUACUGAUGAUCAACCAACUAUAAUCCAAAUAAGUGGAGCCAUUGAGGGGAGAGGAUACUGAUGUGUUGGGAGAAUUGUGUUUAGAGACGAGAGACUCACUAAAGAAUUUUGGAAAGAGGGCUAACUGGACUGGCCUUUGUUAUGCUCUCCCCUCCCUUAUCCUAAUUUCACCUAAUUUCCUCUGUGCCCCCUUAAAGAUCAAGGUAAUUUCUAUUCUGGUUUGUGUGGUGUUGUCUUGGUUUUUUGUUUGUUUUUUUUUUAACGCUGAGCCGUGCGUUUGACUUCCUUGUGGACUGAAUUUACUGCCCCACAACCUCUUGAGAAAAGCAUCUUAUCAUCAUAGGCUAUCUCUCUUCAUUCAGAACAAAAGGACAAAAUGAAAAAGGGGGACUGGGGCAUUGAAGCAAAGAGAGUAUCAGAAUAUCAAUAAAGCAGAUGUUAUGGCCUUGUAAAA